GACCCAGAGACGUGCACAAGCCUCGGUGGAACAAGUGGGGACAGGGCCAUACUCACAUAGGCGCUGGAAUCACCUAUACAUAACCACUAUUUACAACUCCCAAAAAUGUGCCCUCAGUCGAUAAUCGAACUCUCACCAUUCGGUGAAAAUUCUAUCGGUGACCCGUAUACUAAUAGACCCAAAGAUCGUUGGUAACUUCUGUUUUGGAUGUUAGUAAUCAUACCUUAUGCUUUAGCUCUCUAGUCACCACGCCUGCAUUUGACCAGCACUACCUAGUCCGGCUCUUUGAUGUGUCCAACCAUGUGUUUUAAAAUUCUUAGUCAAGCACCAAACAUUGAACACUUCUUCAACAUCACGGAAUUUUCCACUUUCUCACCUUCUCCAUUAUUAAUGCGCUAUUAAUUAAUUAAUUUUCAACACAUAAAUUUUCCUAUCAAGCCACACCUCUUCUCCUUCACCUCUCUGUUUCUCCUUCACACUUUCAUUCAUGGCAACCAAAACCCAAGACCUUCACAUCCUCUUCUUUCCAUACAUGGCACCAGGUCACAUACUCCCUAUGAUCAACAUGGCCAAGUUGUUUGCUAACCGUGGAGUAAGAACCACCAUCCUCACAACUCCAGCUAACACUUCCAUUGUCAAACCUAUAAUUUCAAACUCCCCAAUUGAACUAGCUCUCAUCCCCUUCCCUUCUGCUGCUGCUGGCCUCCCUGAAGGCUGUGAAAACCUCUCCUCUGUCCCCUCAACAAACCUCAUACCUUACUUCUUACGUGCUGUCGUAAUGCUUUCUGAACCCUUUGAUCAAAUCCUCAAAGAACUCCACCCAAACAUCACCAUCAUUGAUGGCUUCUUCCCAUGGACCAUUGAUAUCACAUCCAAGCUUGGCAUCACUCAGCUCGUCUUCUACGGCACCGGCUUCUUUCCUGUUUGUCUUAUUGAUAGCAUAGAAAAAUACAAACCCCAUGAGACCUUACCAGAUGAAACCAAGUCUUUCUUGGUUCCUGGAAUCCCUCACCGGAUUGAGCUUCUCAAGACCCAAGUCUUGGACACUAGCAAAACCAACAAAGAACGUCAAGAAUUCUUUAAUAAGGUUAGGGAUGCAGACAAGAGAAGCUACGGCGUGGUGAUGAAUACAUUCUAUGAGCUGGAACCGGACUAUGUUGAACACUACCGCACAGUCAUAGGGCGCCGAGCUUGGCACAUUGGUCCUGUGUCUUUGUACAGUGAAGACAUGAUCAAGAGUACUACUACUACUAGUACUGAUAGAAAUCAUGAGUGUUUGAGUUGGCUUGAUGGGAAGGAAUCUGGGUCAGUUCUAUAUGUUUGUUUUGGGAGUUUGUCUACCUUCCGUGGAGAACAGAUACUUGAGAUUGCUUUGGGUCUUGAGGCUUCCAAUCAUGCAUUCAUUUUGGUGGUUCCUAAGCCUGUUGAGAGGGAUGAGAAUAUGGAUUGGAUGCCAGAAGGGUUUGAAGGGAGGAUUAAUAUUGAAGGCAAAAAAGGUUUUAUUAUAAGAGGAUGGGCUCCUCAAUUGUUGAUAUUGAAUCAUAAAGCUGUUGGUGGGUUCAUGACUCAUUGUGGAUGGAACUCUACUCUUGAAGGUGUGUGUGCAGGCUUGCCAAUGAUCACUUGGCCUUUGUUUGCAGAUCAGUUUUACAAUGAAAAGUUGGUUGUAGAUGUGUUGAAGAUUGGUGUUGCUGUUGGAAUGAAGGAGCAUGUGUUGAAGCCUGAGGAUAGGCCUUUGAUUCAUGGGAUGGAGAUAGAGAGAGCUGUGAACUGUGUGAUGGGUGUUGGUGAAGAAGCUGAGGCCAUGAGGAAGAGAGCUAGAGAACUGGGAGAGAUGGCAAAGAGUGCUGUUAUGGUAGAUGGGUCUUCUUAUACUGAGUUAACUCGACUCAUCAGUGAGUUAUCAGCUCUUCAUCAAUGAAUUCCAUGAGUUACCAUCUUGUUCUAUUCUUCACUAGUUCCCCUGCUCAUACAGGCUUUGUGUAUUGUAAUUUCAUAAUUUACUCUUUCAUAUUUAAUAAAAGUAAAUGAUUAACAAAUA